CUUUACGUUUGAGCAAGACGAGGUUCACUACUUGUCAAAACAUUAAAAGUCAGAAACUUGAGAAGAAAGUCUCCUCAAAAAAAAUUUCUAUUUCCUAUCUGGAUUUUAAUUUUCAUCUAUUUACUUUCAAGUGCAUAUAAAUACGUUGCAUGUCCGGACCAGUCGAUCAUUCUUGAAAUUACCCAUCCGUGCAAUCCGUUCGUGAAAUUGUGUCGUCAUUACAUACAUUAACAUUAAAAAAAUCUGGUUUAAAGGUCGAACGACAACUUGGUGUGUUUUAGGAGACGAGGAAAAUUAAAAACGAGACGCGUGUGAUCGAUUAUCAAUGCGAAUAUUAUUAUUUGCUCCAGAGGACGAAUUCCGUUUGUGAGUGUCGCAAUACCGUAAUCGGCAUUCAAGUCAUGUGAAAAGUUUUUUUAUAAAAGCAUGUGAACUUGUUCAGUGUCGUUUCUCAAAGAUUUUCCCGAAAAUCGUUGUGUAAUAUGCCCAAUCGGUUUUCCAUUACAUUUGUUUGUGGGGUUAAUCGACAAUAAACUUGCUCGCCUGGAAUAAUUGCAGCGUGAGCAAGAAGAGCCAUGGCUUCUAAUUCAGAGGAUUUGGAUCCGCGAAUACAGAUUGAACUCGAGAACCUCAACACGGCUACAGAUGAAAUCAACAAACUGGAAAUUGAAUUGGAGGAGGCGAACUCAACAUUUAGAAUUUUGCUUAAUGAAUCAACGCGACGGUUGAAAUUGCUCUCUAAAAAGCUUGGCAGCUGCAUAGAGAAGGCUCGUCCCUACUAUGAAGCGCUGGAAAAGGCAAAAGAUGCCCAAGUCGAAUGCCAAAAAGCAGCCGUGAAAUUUCAGCGUGCAAAUGAAAUUCACGCAGCUGCAAAAGAGACGGUGGCGUUGGCCGAAAAACGAUUUAUGAGUAAUUCUCAUGAGUGGCAAUUCGACAACGCUUGGCAAGAGAUGCUGAACCAUGCAACUGCCAAGGUUAUGGACGCAGAGAAUAAAAAAGCCGAAAGUCAUGCCGAACAUCAACGUAAGGCACAAGCAUUCAACGCAGCUGAACUGAAGGUUCAGCAACUUGAAGACCGCCUUCGUCGCAACAUCCAAAAGUCGCGACCAUAUUUUGAAGAAAAACAAAUCUGUCAAGAUCAACUACACACACAAAAAAGUCGAAUUCAGGAGCUGCAAGGACAGUUGCAAGGAGCGAAAGGAAGCUACUCGACUGCACUGCGCAACCUAGAACACAUUAGUGAAGAGAUCCAUAAAAAACGUGGCGAUUUACAUUUGGCUGCUCCGCCUGGUCCACGAGAACCAGGUGUUGGUGCCGAACUAUGUCCUGUGCCUGAUUACAAUCUCGAAUUAGAUAAAUGCGAAUUUCCUUCGAUGGGCAGUGUCUCAUCAUUAACGGCAAGCUCAGUACAAAGUGAGAGAGAUGCAGAGAGUGACGAUACUUGCCUGGACGAUGAUGGCGAAGAUUAUGAUCUGGAGGCAUUGCGAAGAAAAGUGAAAACGCUUGCUGUUCGACCUGUGGAAGGUGGUGACGGACAACAGGAGCAAGAUGUUUGGGAGAGUGAACUGAAUGCAACUGUAGACAAAUUGGACCACUUGAUGAUGAUGAAAGAGUGUGCAGCGAUGAAUAGUAAGAUUACAGUACAGCAACAACCAAACGGGACCGAUGACCCAUCAGUCAACAGCAUGCCAGCAACACCUGAUAAGUUCACAGCAAUUAAACAAUUAUCCAAGCUCGAACCGCUUCCCUCUGUUAACGUCUCGAUGCGCGAACUUCCAUUGCUGGCACGCAUAUCUAAUGAAAUUUCUGAUAACACUUGCUACCACAAGCAACGACGACGGUCUCUGAACUGAAGUUGUAUGGAUUAGAGGCUGAACUGAAGGCACUCUGCAUUUACUAACCCGAUUAUAUCAAAAUAGUUCGUAAGCAUUAGCUGUUCCAUACCAAAACGUUAUAGGGACCAAAGUCUAGCCGAAAUGUAGACAAGACUAAUGUCAAUUAUCGAAAUAUCUUUUAUGGGCUAUUCGGCACAGUGUGAGCGCUUCCAUCAUCGUAAAACCGAUCUACAUUUCCGCUACGACUUUGAUUCAUUCGUCCAUGCCAGGCAUGUCGUUAUACCAACUAAAGUAUGUACACACACGCACUGAGUAAAAUGAUAAGUACUCAUUAGCUUCUCGAAGUAGUUCUUCGCUCUAAGGUAUACCAAAUAGCAGAAAAUGACAGAAAAAUUCGUGAAAACAUUGACAAUGUUCACACAAUUGGAGAUGAGAAUAUUUAUUAUGUUUGCAACUAGAUCAUCGGGAGUGGACUUAUCUUGAUCGGAAUUGGUCUUUUGGAGACGACAUUAGGUAGUAGUCUAUUGAAAUUUAUGCAAAAUAUGAUCUUAUCCCGUAGAUCGGUAGAUACGGAGCAUUGUGUUUGCCAUUCAAUCGGAGCUUUUACUUUUACAAGAUCAAGAUUUCAGUUUCCGAUGGUUAGCGCGAAACUAGUUUCAUUCUUGGAAACUUUGAAUCAACUUGAGAAUCGUCAGAACACUCAUGCAUACAUAAAACCAAAAUGUAGUAAAUCACUGAAAUAGUAAAUCUUAACAUUCGCAAAUGAAAUGAUCAAACCUUGCUUCUUGGAGGGGGUUUGUAUAGCUCGGCUUGUCAAAUAGUAAUAUAUCAGUAAAUUUCAAGAUAUUUUGUCAACUCUAUAGCACAAAACAUUCCAAACAAACUCAUCCUAACGCGAAAGCAUGAUACAAUCGAAUAUUCAAACAUUACGGCGAUGUAUGAUCUUUUUUUUUUUUUUGAAAUCCAUUAUCGUCAUAGAUGCUUGCUUGACUGUCUGAUUAUUUAAUGAGGUACAGAAGAAGAAGAAAUAAAAAUUAUUUUCAAUGCAAAAAGAUGAAAUUUUUCGUUUUCCGUAAGCUUCACUCUUUAGGUUCGUUCAAUUCUGUAUUAUCUACGUUUAAGAAUCUCGAGGAUAAAAAUUGUAAAUCUCAGUUAAAUUAAGUAAUGUAAACUAAAAGUGUGUUUGAAACUAACUUUAAGGAAGAAAACUAGUGUUUCAGCGUUUAUUGAAUAAACUCAGCUGAAGUCAACUUGAA